UUUAUGGCUCUCAUACUUGCAAUUCCUUUGCCAGGCUGGUAGGUGUUGUUUUAUUUUCCAGGAAUAAAAGUGUGUUAUCUUUAUUUUCCAAGGCCUAAAGUGACUUGUCUAAGGUCACAAGGCUAGUAAGUAAGUGGCAGCACUGGGAUUUAGUCAGGGUUUUCUGCCAGAGGUCUCUUCUCUCAGAUCCCUUGAAGAAGAGGCUUAUAAAAUGUGCUUAAGACACUUAAUAGCACUGAAGGGUUAUAUGGAACCUUUUUUAGUGUUAAUGAGAAGUGCCUUUAGUACCUCUUGUGGGCCCAAGGUAUUUGACUUAUAAGAAAGAAUUAUUUAAUUAAGAGAUUACUGUUUCUUUGUUGUAAGAGGAAGCUAAAGAUCAGGUAGUUUUAACAACUUACCCAAAGGCAAACAGCUGGCAGUGGCAUUGUCACAAUUCAGACUGACAUCUGACUCCCAGUCUACGACUUUCCAUUCAUGUAAACAUGUAUGGACAUAAGAAACCUUUAAGUCCUGGGAUGAAGGGAUGUGGAUUAGACCAUAUCCACAUCCAGAUUUGGUGCUUUGUCUGCUCAGUGAGGUUGAACAGGAUGACACUUGCCUUGUGGGAAGGAGUGUGCCCUGACCAGCGGAGCGUCUUCUGGGUUAAUUAGUGGAGUGAAAUAAGGCUUUCAGUCCAUGGCUUGGGCACCUGACCCAGGAAAUUGCAGAAAAACAGUGAGACAUUAGUCAGAUCAUCAUCAGAACAACAAAUAUAAGCUCUGUCACUGAGUUUACAUAGUGUUUAUCUCCAAGGAUUGCUGGGGAUCAGGCUUUCAGGUGUGUUGAAGGGGGUGUUGCUACUGGGGAGAUUGAGGGCAUUGCCUUUCUUAGGACCAUGGAAAAGCUUCCAGAGGUAGUGGCAGGUAUGCCACAUCAUCCUGCUUAUCCUCAAGGAACUGUUUCAUCCUGAUAGACUGCACUGGAGAGAUAUGGUAGCCUUGGUGGAUUUGUCCAAAAUGUGCUUGGUUGGGCAAGCCCAGGACUGCCCAGGAUGGGAGACUGGCCAUGGCCAAGUAGAUGCUUGGAAAGAGGCUGUCCAAAUUUCUUGCCUAGCCGUCCUAUGGAAGUAAUGUCAGAAGCUGGGAUGCAGGUGGAACAGGGAGCUGGUCUCACAUAUCCACCUUUCUCAGCUGAUGGCUGAUCCAGCUUGAUAGUUUCCUGUGGUGGAUAUAAAUUGCCACUGGACAGGAAUAUUGAGGUGGGGCCCUGCCUAUCUGUGUAGACAGGCUUGCCAGCCAGCUAGUCCUUUAGCUACUCCUGAGAUGGGCAUAGAAGAAGUUGCAGGAGCAGGUGAGAUAGAAGAGGGUAUGGUACCUGUAUUGUUAGGGAAACAUAAGGCACCCCAGGCAAGCAACUUAGGCACUCUGGGAUCCUGACAUUCUGCUGGUGCUGAGACCUAGUGUGGGCCAAAAAGGGUUGAAUAGGUCCACGUCCACGUCCACUUGGCUAGACCCUCAUAUAAGCUAGGGAGUGCUGGUGAGCCACUGUGUGCCUCUUUUUCCAAGGGCUUGUUUUCUCAUUUCUGCUGUGGCUCCUGGUGCUGACUUGUUUUACUGCCUUGAAUGAGUCCAGUUUAGGGCCUCAGCCAGGUAACUUUGAGCCUCUCAAACCAGGCUUUGGCUCUUUGCUCUGUGUGUUGGCUCCAUGACAGCUGCCCUUUGGUCUCAGGCUUUCCAGAGCAUUCAAGACAUGGAACCCCACAGGCAGAAGGGAAUUGAGUACAGGAGUCUCCCUUUUCUCCUCCUACCUUGGCAUCCCUGUGAUAGUGCUCACCAUCUUUACCCUGUAUUCCCACCUUGGCCCACCCAGUUCCCUGAGUGCUUGGGCCUCAGGCCAUGCCAGGGAUGCAGCUGUUUAUUUGUUCACUGGCAGAGAAGGGAGUUACCCAUUGUCUGCUGUUUGGCCAGUGUGACCUCAGAGUUCUUCUUCACUUCAUAAACCCCUGGGAGGGGCUGCCCCCAAACAUAACAAUGGGCCUCUUCUUCAGGAGCAUCUGGUGUGCCCCACGCCACCCUGUGGCUGGAGGCAGCAGGCUGUGUGUUGAGCAGGGCUGUUUCUCACUGCCUAGAUGCAUCACUGUAAGCGAUACCGCUCCCCUGAGCCAGACCCGUACCUGAGCUACCGCUGGAAGAGAAGACGGUCUUACAGUCGGGAACAUGAAGGGAGACUACGUUACCCAGCCCGAAGGGAACCUCCACCCCGAAGAUCUCGAUCCAGAAGCCACGACCGCCUGCCCUACCAGAGGAGAUACCGGGAGCGCCGAGACAGCGAUACAUACCGGUGUGAAGAGCGGAGCCCAUCCUUUGGGGAGGACUGCUAUGGAUCUUCACGUUCUCGCCAUCGACGGCGGUCACGGGACAGGGGGCCAUACCGGACCCGAAAGCAUGCCCAUCACUGCCACAAACGCCGCACCAGGUCUUGUAGCAGCGCCUCCUCGAGAAGCCAACAGAGCAGUAAGCGCAGCAGCCGGAGUGUGGAAGAUGACAAGGAGGGCCACCUGGUGUGCCGGAUCGGCGAUUGGCUCCAAGAGCGAUAUGAGAUCGUGGGGAACCUAGGUGAAGGCACCUUUGGCAAGGUGGUGGAGUGCUUGGACCAUGCCAGAGGGAAGUCUCAGGUUGCCUUGAAGAUCAUCCGCAACGUGGGCAAGUACCGGGAGGCUGCCCGGCUAGAAAUCAAUGUUCUCAAGAAAAUCAAGGAGAAGGACAAAGAGAACAAGUUCCUGUGCGUCUUGAUGUCUGACUGGUUCAACUUCCACGGUCACAUGUGCAUCGCCUUUGAGCUCCUGGGCAAGAACACCUUUGAGUUCCUGAAGGAGAAUAAUUUCCAGCCUUACCCCUUACCACAUGUCCGACACAUGGCCUACCAGCUCUGCCACGCCCUUAGAUUUCUACAUGAGAACCAGCUGACCCACACAGACUUGAAGCCAGAGAACAUCCUGUUUGUGAAUUCUGAGUUUGAAACCCUCUACAAUGAGCACAAGAGCUGUGAGGAAAAGUCAGUGAAGAACACCAGCAUUCGAGUGGCUGACUUUGGCAGUGCCACCUUUGACCAUGAGCAUCACACAACCAUUGUGGCCACCCGUCACUAUCGCCCGCCUGAGGUGAUUCUUGAGCUGGGCUGGGCACAGCCCUGUGAUGUUUGGAGCAUCGGUUGCAUUCUCUUCGAGUACUACCGGGGCUUCACACUCUUCCAGACCCAUGAAAACCGAGAGCAUUUGGUGAUGAUGGAGAAAAUCCUAGGGCCCAUCCCAUCACACAUGAUCCACCGUACCAGAAAGCAGAAAUAUUUCUACAAAGGGGGCCUGGUUUGGGAUGAGAACAGCUCUGAUGGCCGGUAUGUGAAGGAGAACUGCAAACCUUUGAAGGUCAGUUUCUGGCUUCCCCCAGCUCAACUCAUGCCAAGGAGACCCCAGGCACCAGACAAACAGCAGAGACAGAACGGGCAGCUAAAGGCUGUCUCCUCGUUCCGGCUCUGUGGGAGACAGCACCCAAGACUGCUGGGUGUUGGCAGUGAGGCUUCCUGCAAGCUGCCCCAGAGGGGCCCUUAGCCCUAUCCCUUCCCCACAGGGUGGCUAUGAAUAUAAUUGGGGAACACCAGAAGAGCCAGAUGUCAGAGACCCUGCUGCUUCCUGACCCUCCCUCUCAUCUCAAUUUUGGGAAGAACUAGGCAGGACUGAGGCAAGGGGGAGGGAAGAUGUAAACAUGGCCAGGAAGUCUGUCAACUGCAUCUGGUGCCUGGACAAGUGAAUUUUGCAGAGGUGAUUUCUACCCACCUCUCAGGACUUUGCAUGUGAGGUAGAGGCACCAACCCAGCAAGACACCCAGUAGCCUAAGUUCUGAGCAAAACCUUAGAACUUGGGCAUGAAAGGCAAGGAGCUGCUGUUGUCUGUCCCAGAGGGCGGAAGUAGAGUCCUCCAAGGAGGCAUCCCAGAGGCAAGGGGACUGCUGUGGACCCUGCCGUGACACUGAGGCACCUUGUGUCCUUGAGCAGAGUUAUAUGCUCCAAGAUUCCCUGGAGCAUGUGCAGCUGUUUGACCUGAUGAGGAGGAUGUUAGAAUUUGAUCCUGCCCAGCGCAUCACACUGGCGGAGGCCCUGUUGCAUCCCUUCUUUGCUGGCCUAACCCCUGAG